AUGGUGGAUCCUACUGUAGCCAGACGAACAAUGUCACGCUACAGAUUGUAUUUGGCAGGGGCAGUACUGAUAAUAGUAGCUGUCAUCUCCUACUACUUCAUGAAUGCAGCACCUAAUAAGCUCUCUAAAAAUUCAAAGUCACAUCUGAAAUAUCCUAAAAAAACAAAACUAUGGAAUCAGAACAAAUUUGUUUCCAACAGUAAUUUCCAAUCACAGAAAGCUGAGAAAACACUGUACCAAGGCAAGCUAUCAAAGCAGCUGACAGACAGCCAUCAUCCUGCCGAGAUUUCACAGCCAUCGGAAACAGCAGCAAAUAACAUUCCAGUUACCCCAUUUAUGAAAACUCAAUUCAGUCAUGAUGUAAAUGAUGCAUUGCCAAUGAAGACCUCCAGACAAGGCAUGAAAAUGAAACAGAAUCGGUUUGGAGUAUGGAGGAUUACAAAUGAGUCUCGUUUCUAUGGACCUGUGAGUGACUAUCCAGAUUUUUUCCAUGGUAUGAAGCGCCUUGUUCACCUUGAUUUAAAAGGAGCACCACCAAACAAGUUGUAUCUCCAGAAACUUUUCCCAUUAUUUAAAACUUUCGGUGCAACAGGUAUUAUCUUAGAAUAUGAAGAUAUGUUUCCCUAUAAAGGCCGAUUUUCUGCUAUUUCAGCUAGGAACUGCUACACAGAAGAAGAUGUAAAGGAUAUAAUCAAAUAUGCUGCACUGAGUGAAUUGGAAAUUAUUCCUCUCAUCCCAACUUUUGGUCAUCUUGAGUUUCUAUUAAAACAUGAACAGUUCCGAAAUUUGCGUGAUGUAGACUCAUCUCCCUUGGUGAUAACACCAGCUUUGGAUGCAACGUACGUAAUUCUCAGUGAGUUGAUAAAACAGGUGAUGAGACUACACAACACAUCUGCCUACUUCCACAUAGGUGCUGGUGAGGUCACAAAUCUUGGGGUCGGCUUAUCUGCAUCACUUAUAAACAAAGGAAAAACAAGAGAUGAUAUUGUACUAGAUCAUGUAACCAAAGUUGGUCGCAUUGUCAAGGAGAAGUUUAAUAAACAGUCCAUCAUGUGGGAUGAUAUGUUACGGAGCAUGGAUGCCAAGAGACUCCAGGAAUCUCAAUUGGGUCAGUAUGUACAACCAAUGGUUUGGAGUUCUAUGACCGACCCAGCUGAAAAAUUGACCACAGACAUAUGGAGUAAGUAUAGGGUCAUCUUCAAGUAUAUAUGGGUAGCAUCUUCAUUUAAAGGUUCCAGAGGCAGUGGGAAGGUGAUGACUGAUGCUGUCUAUCAUCUGAAAAAUAACCUCAACUGGAUUCGCUUGAUUGAGUCUGUAGGUCCAGGUGCCAGGGACCAAGAACAAGCAGUUAACAUUAUAGGUAUAGGAAUCAUUGGUCGACAGCGGUACAAUCAUUUCAGCACACUGUGUGAACUCCUUCCUGCUGGUCUUCCUUCUUUGGCUGUUUCCCUCAAGGUGAUGCAGCUAGGUGGAUUUAACCAACCCAUACACAGGCUUGUCUCUAAACAGCUUCAGUGUGAAAAACCUGUCAGACUUGAAUUGCUUAAAAAAUAUGAAGAUUAUGAUGGAUGUAAAUUCCCAGGGUCAGUCAUUUACUACAAGGUGCGAACAUUGUGGGGAAAGCUUCAGACUUAUGCUAAAGUCCAGGAAGAUAUAAAUAGCUUUGCCAGUGAGAUAAACUAUAAACAUCAGUUCUUCAGUCCAGAUCUACUGAAGGGCAUCAACUCUACUCUAAUGAUGUUAAAUACUAGUAUAGGUAGCAUGGAUAAAUUCAUGAAACAUGAGAUCGGUACAUAUUUUGACUCCAUGACAGCUAAUGAGUGGGUGGAGAUCAACAUCAGGCAGGUUGUACAGGAAAUCACACAAGAAGUUCAGGAAAUUGCUGAAUUUUCUAAGAGGAAAACAUGGUCCAGUCGUCCAGGUUAUGAGACAAGAGCAACUGUUAAUACCAAGGAUGGUGAGUUAAAUACUGGAAAACGUGUUGUGAUAAAAGCAGGUCCAGAUCAGGAUGCGAAAAGGAAAGAAUACUUGCAAAAACUGUCUCCUCUUCAACAGCUUAUGAAGAUUAGAAGAAGAUUUAACCAGACAAAUCUUCAACAAAUGGCACUUGCGUCCGCCAGACUCAGGGAAAUUGCUAACACACAAAAACAGAUAUCUGAAACAAAUUUGAAGCCAGGCAUAGGUAAAGUAUCGGUGAAGAAGGUUGAAAUUGAUACAGAGAGAAAGACAAUGGGACAGAAACCUAGUGUAGAGAUUAAUAAUGUUGACAGGAAGAAGGCUGCAACCAGUACAGAGGAACAAAUAUUGAGAAAGGAACAGAGAUCUGGGAUGAGGAUGUAUGAUGGACAGUGGAAGAAAGAUAAAACAGAGAGACAAUGGCCAGAAAAGGUAGUGGAACCUGGAAAGGGGACAGGUAAUCAACAGUUUGUAGAUGUCAGCAGUGCAAAGAAAAACAUGCCAGAAAUGGGAUUUAAGUCUGGCAAUGUGAUGGAUAAGAAGAGAACCCCAAAAUCUAUGCAGAAUCAACCUUUGGGUUUGUUAAAAGAUAGAAAUCUGGACCGCUUUCAAUCAUCUAAUAUUGUACAACAUUAA